AGUGGAAGGAGAGGAACUGAGGCCCCAGGGCGGGGGGUCUGACAGGGAGGGUGUCCCUGUAUCUCUUGCCCAGUGCCUGUCAGGGCCAUGUGAGCAUGGCACAGAGGCCACCCGGGGCCCAGUUCCCAAGAAGAGAGGAUGGGGGGCAGGGAAAGGCAGGUGCAGAACCUGAAGUCCGCCUGGACUGGACUGUGUGAGCAGUGAGUAGGUAGGGGGACAGGCAGCCCACCCAGAGGGGACAGGCUGACUUCUAUCCUUAAUUGAACGAUUCCGAGGCCUGGGUGGCCCUGUGUACAUGCAGACGUCUCCACUAGCUUGUCUCGUUUACGGUCCCAUCUCUCUCCCCUCUCAUCUUUUCUCCCUCCUUCUUGAGUUUCUCUUCCCUGACCUUGCUGUCCUCCUUAUUCCUUGUGCACGAGUUCUCCUCCUUCCCUCCUGCCUCCUCCCUUGCUACCCCUCUGACAAACUGUAUCAGCGAAUCCCUCAACAGUGUCAUAUCUAACUUUUUUUUUAUUCAUUGCAUGAUUUAUUUUUAGCCUGAGACAACUGCAUCCUAAAAAUGGAGUUCCUGAUGAGACAGGGGCUGGGCCCAGUUAUGCGAGGUAUCUGGGGCCUGGCCCGGCCCGGCCCUCAGUCUCCGCACGCCUGUGUCCUGUGCCCAGGAGUACCAGUAGCUGGAGCCCAGGCAGUGGAGAGUUGGUCCUCCGGGCCCAGGAGGGAUAGAGAGGAGGGACCAAAUCUGCCUCUCUGCUCCCCCGCUUCUUGCAACCAGACCUCUGAGAGUCUUCCGGCCACUUUCCUGCCCUCAGUCUUUCUGGGAAAGUGAAACGAAAACCGUUCCCAGAUGAAGAGAACGCACCUGUUCAUCGUGGGGGUCUACCUGCUGUCCUCCUGCAGGGCAGAAGAGGGACUCAACUUCCCCACGUAUGACGGCAAGGACCGCGUGGUAAGCCUCACUGAGAAGAACUUCAAGCAGGUUUUGAAGAAAUACGACUUGCUCUGCCUCUACUACCACGAGCCUGUGUCUUCAGACAAAGUCGCGCAGAAACAGUUCCAACUGAAAGAAAUUGUGCUGGAGCUUGUGGCCCAGGUCCUGGAACAUAAAGAUAUAGGCUUUGUGAUGGUGGAUGCCAAGAAAGAAGCCAAGCUUGCCAAGAAACUGGGUUUUGACGAAGAAGGAAGUCUGUAUGUUCUUAAGGGCGAUCGCACAAUUGAGUUUGAUGGCGAAUUUGCAGCUGACGUCCUGGUGGAGUUUCUCCUGGACCUAAUUGAGGAUCCCGUGGAGAUCAUCAACAGCAAACUGGAAGUCCAAGCCUUUGAACGCAUCGAGGACCACAUCAAGCUCAUUGGCUUUUUCAAGAGUGAAGACUCGGAGUAUUACAAGGCUUUUGAAGAGGCAGCUGAACACUUCCAACCUUACAUCAAAUUUUUUGCUACGUUCGACAAAGGGGUUGCAAAGAAAUUAUCCUUGAAGAUGAAUGAGGUUGACUUCUACGAGCCAUUUAUGGAAGAGCCCAUUGCCAUACCUGACAAACCUUACACAGAAGAGGAGCUCGUGGAGUUUGUCAAGGAGCACCAAAGACCCACCUUACGUCGCCUGCGCCCAGAAGAUAUGUUUGAAACAUGGGAAGAUGAUUUGAAUGGGAUCCACAUUGUGGCCUUUGCAGAGAGGAGUGACCCAGAUGGUUACGAGUUCCUGGAAAUCCUGAAACAGGUUGCCAGGGACAACACGGACAACCCUGACCUGAGCAUCGUGUGGAUUGACCCGGAUGACUUUCCUCUGCUUGUUGCCUAUUGGGAAAAGACUUUCAAGAUUGAUCUAUUCAAGCCACAGAUUGGGGUGGUGAAUGUGACAGAUGCCGACAGCGUCUGGAUGGAGAUCCCAGAUGAUGACGACCUGCCCACAGCUGAGGAGCUGGAAGACUGGAUCGAGGAUGUGCUUUCCGGGAAGAUAAACACUGAAGACGACGACAAUGAAGAUGAGGACGACAGGGAUGAUGACGAUGACGAUGACGAUGACGACGACAAUUCUGAUGAGGAUAAUGAUGACAGUGAUGACGAUGAUGAGUAGCCCCCACCCCGGAUGACUGAUCAAAGCAAAAUCACAGCUACACGACCAUGCAGACAGCACGGCGGGGGACAGCACACAGCCCUGGCCUCCGCCUGCCGGCUCCUUCCCCCUUGCCCAUCCCUUUCCCCAACCCCUUCUCAUCAGGAGCUGUACCAUUCAGCAAAUGCCUCUAAACCCAGUAAUCCCACUCAGCAGGAACAAGUGGGGGAAUUAUUGCCAUGUGGACUGUCUUGAUUGUCUUGGAAAAACUCUUGUUCUUUGCCAGACCGUCAGCGGUCGUAGCAGUGCUGGAAUCCAGUGGUCUGGUCAAACAAUCCCUGACACCGCUACUCAAGUU